UGGGAAUAUAACGAGCUCAACAACGACAUCAACAACAACGACAUCAGAAACGACAUCUACAACAACAACGACAUCAACACCAAAUGGGAAUAUAACGAGCUCAACAACGACAUCAAUACCGGGAACUGAUACAACGGAUUCAACAACGACAUCAACACCGGGAACUGAUACAACGGAUUCAACAAUGACCACAGGGCCAGGUGCUACCUCAACUUGUUCGUCAGAUGAUUUAUUGAAAAUGAGGGAUGAUUUAUUGAAAAUGAGAGAUGAUUUAUCAAGAUGGCGUACGGCAGCUAUUAUUGCUUUUAUCAUUGCUGGAUUCUUACUGCUGGCUACUAUUUGUCUUAUUGUUUUCUCAACCUUAGUAGUUUUACAAAAUCGACAUAGUAAUACUGAUGAUUAA